UUUUUGAUUGACAGAUUCAACACUAACCUUGCACAAUGUCUUUGAAACCAAGAGUAGUAGAUUUCGAUGAAACAUGGAACAAACUAUUAACUACUAUCAAAGCUGUUGUCAUGUUGGAAUACGUCGAAAGAGCAACUUGGAACGAUCGCUUCUCAGAUAUCUAUGCUUUAUGUGUGGCCUAUCCUGAACCCCUUGGAGAAAGACUUUAUACAGAAACUAAGAUUUUUUUGGAAAAUCACGUUCGGCAUUUGCACAAGAGAGUUCUGGAGUCAGAAGAACAAGUACUUGUUAUGUAUCAUAGGUAUUGGGAAGAAUAUAGCAAGGGUGCAGACUAUAUGGACUGCUUAUAUAGGUAUCUCAACACCCAGUUUAUUAAAAAGAAUAAAUUGACAGAAGCUGACCUUCAGUAUGGCUAUGGUGGUGUAGAUAUGAAUGAACCACUUAUGGAAAUAGGAGAGCUAGCAUUGGAUAUGUGGAGGAAAUUGAUGGUUGAACCACUUCAGACCAUCCUUAUCCGAAUGCUGCUCCGAGAAAUCAAGAAGUACAUGGCAAACAUGUAUGUCUUACUCCGCGCUGUGUCCACUGGUUUACCUCAUAUGAUUCAGGAGUUGCAGAACCACGUCCACGAUGAGGGCCUUAGAGCAACCAGUAACCUUACUCAGGAAAACGUGAGUCGGGCCCUUACAUCAGUUGUAAAUUACAGAGAACCCAAGUCUAUUUGCAGAGCACCUGAACUGCUUGCUAAGUACUGUGACAACUUACUAAAGAAAUCAGCAAAAGGGAUGACUGAGAAUGAAGUGGAAGACAAACUCACAAGCUUCAUUACUGUUUUCAAAUAUAUUGAUGAUAAGGACGUUUUUCAAAAGUUCUACGCAAGAAUGCUGGCAAAACGUUUAAUUCAUGGGUUAUCCAUGUCUAUGGAUUCUGAAGAAGCCAUGAUCAAUAAAUUAAAGCAAGCCUGUGGUUAUGAGUUUACCAGCAAGCUACAUCGGAUGUAUACAGAUAUGAGUGUCAGCGCCGAUCUCAACAAUAAGUUCAACAAUUUUAUCAAAAACCAAGACACAGUAAUAGAUUUGGGAAUUAGUUUUCAAAUCUAUGUUCUACAGGCUGGCGCAUGGCCUCUUACUCAGGCUCCUUCAUCUACAUUUGCGAUUCCCCAGGAAUUAGAAAAAAGUGUACAGAUGUUUGAAUUAUUUUACAGCCAGCAUUUCAGCGGAAGGAAACUUACAUGGUUACAUUAUCUCUGUACAGGUGAAGUUAAAAUGAACUAUUUGGGCAAACCCUAUGUAGCCAUGGUCACGACAUACCAAAUGGCAGUCCUUCUCGCCUUUAACAACAGCGAAAUUGUCAGCUAUAAAGAGCUUCAAGACAGCACUCAGAUGAAUGAAAAGGAACUGACAAAAACAAUCAAAUCAUUGCUUGAUGUGAAAAUGAUUAACCAUGAUUCAGAAAAGGUAUGUGCUAAUAUUCCAAGGAAUUUAGGCAUUAUCAACAUUAAGGCUUUUUCAUGGGAUAUUAGCAGUUUUCAAAGUAAGGCUGUAAUGUCAGAAAUGGAGCAGACUAGAAGUGCUGUCGACGAGGACCGGAAAAUGUAUCUCCAAGCUGCUAUAGUUCGUAUCAUGAAAGCACGAAAAGUGCUUCGGCACAAUGCCCUUAUUCAAGAGGUGAUUAGCCAGUCAAGAGCGAGGUUUAAUCCCAGCAUCAGCAUGAUCAAGAAGUGUAUUGAAGUUCUGAUAGACAAACAGUACAUCGAACGCAGCCAAGCGUCGGCAGAUGAAUACAGCUACGUCGCGUGACGUCACUCUCCUCCAGCGCGGGUGUGAGACGAUCAUCGCCAUCACCACUUGGUGUGUUCCUGUGGGAAGAAGCAGGCCUGUGCCUCCAUAAUUUGGUCAUUUGGCAGCCCCCGUUUUUCUGCUGUUUACAACAUCACCAGUGCCACGUCAUGAGCGUCAAAGAAAAUGCCUAGAGAUAUUUCAAGCUCAUGUCAUUGUGACAUUUCUUAAAACUUUAUUAAAAGAGUGAGUGAAGUAUUGC